AUGGAGUUACGUCCUUGCACGAUUGGCAAUGCAUCAGAAGGGCCGGAAAGGCCGCCCAGGCCACAGCAGGAAGAGUCUAUGGACUCGGAGUAUGAGCUGAAUUGCUUCGAGGCCUUCCGGCAGUACUGCGUCAACGCCAACAUCGCGUUGGUGCGGCCAACGUUCCUGGAAGAGCUUUGCGCAGCUGGUGGGGUCUGGCCUCGGAGGCAGGAGGCGGAACAAAUCCCAGGAGCUUUGUACAAGCCUGGGCCCCAUGACGAGUUCUCCUUCAUCGGAAUCUCCCACUGCUGGGAGUCUCGCGAGCAUCCUGACCCUUUCGGGUACCAGCUCAGUACGAUCGUGGACGCAUGGCACUACUGGAGAGAGGCCGAGCCCGAGAAGUACGAAGAAGGCAACAUCUACUUCUUCAUUGAUUACAUGAGCUUGCCACAGUUCAAAAGAAGUGCAGAAGAGCAGAAGUCCUUCCAAAGAGCAAUGAAGCACAUGCAUCUCUUCUACGCGAACAGUGGUGCCACGUUUUGCAAGAGCGUGUGGCGCUUGGGGAAGCUCACGCCUCCAAGCGUGAAGAGACGGCAGAUUUGUCAGGGGCGAACCAUUCCGGUCUACAUCGUGGCGGAAGGGAAGGUGGUCGAAGUCCCCCUCAAGCGCUUGAAACGCAGCGUUGACGGCAAGUGCGGCCCGUCUUGCGACGAUCACUGUCGCAAUUUGCACGCCAAUGACAUCGUGUAUCUCGGCCGGGGCUGGUGUAGAGCGGAAUACGAAUGGGCCAAGCCCAACACGGUUGACAUCUCGCGGCAAGGCGUGUGCCUGCGCCGCUGCUGUGCGCAGUAUCACUCGUGGUUUUACCGGUUCUCGCUGCCCUGGACGCCUGAGGCGUUCCAAAGAAAUGUCUCCACCAACACCUUGAAGUUCACACACCGCAGCGACAUUAAGCCCGUGAUUGAGCUGCAACGCAAAGUGUUCGAUCAGAAAGUGGCCACCCUGGAGAAGUUCGAGUGCAAUUGGCUUCCAUGCCAUGAAGUUGAGGACCUUUUGGAACUGCUGCCCCUCCUGGGCGCCGUGCAGGAAUUCUGGCUCACCGAAGCUUACGUUCCACACUCGCAGCAGUUGCCGUUGGCGAAUGCCUUGGCCAGACGCCCGGCUUUACAGAAGGUGCUCAUCAACUCUGUCCGGUUGGAGCCCCCUGUGGUGCAAGUCCUCGCCGAUGUGCCGCAGCUGCGCACCUUGCGGCUCUUCGCCUGCGGCCUGGGCGACGCCGGCGCCGGCGCGGUGGCGGCGGGUUUGACGCAGCACGCGGCGCUGCAGGAGGUGUGGCUGGAAUGCAACGGCAUUGGCGACCUCGGUGCGGAGGCCUUGGCCAAGGCCUUGGAAAGCAACCACGUCUUAGAGCUGCUGGACUUGCAGCUCAACCACAUCCGAUCCUCUGGUGCCAUCGCUUUGGCGGAGGCCUUGCGGCUUCGCAACGAGGCCAUGAGACGCUUGGUGAUGCGAUACAAUCCGAUGGAUGCCCAGGGGGUCCAAGCUCUGAGGCGAGCUGUUGCAGAGAAAGAGAGCCUGGACGUGGAUCAUGAAGGGCUGGAGAGAAAUGCAGAGAGUUCCUAUUGUGGAUGGAUGUUUUGUGUGCUUUUGCGAGUCUUCGUUUGGAUCGUCGUCACCAUCGCUCUGUGUCCCAUGAAGUGCUUCGUAUGGCGGCAGAGAGUGAGUGGCUGCAUCGGCACGCGGCUGUGCAGCCACCGUGCUGAGGCCAGACAUGAGGCAGUGAGUGACGAUUCCAGUGUGGCAAGCAUGGACUGA